AUGGCUCUCAAGCGAAUCAACAGUGCGUAUCGCACACCCCACCGUCGGUGCCGACAGUCAUGCUAACACGCUUCGCAGAGGAACUCACUGACCUGGGCCGGUAUGCGGACACGUACACUGCGAUGGUUACGAGAAUGCGACAUACUGACAGACAUACAGCGACCCACCGUCCUCGUGCAGUGCUGGUCCGAUCGGCGACGACUUGGUAUGUACCGCCCCCACCACCACUCUCCUGCCCCGCGGCGCUCGCGGCGGGCCUCCAUGGGGCAUGGCAAGGCUCUGCGAACACACGGCUGACAGACUUGCGUACAGUUUCACUGGCAGGCGACUAUCAUGGGACCCGGCGACUCUCCAUACUCCGGCGGCGUCUUCUUCCUCGCGAUCCACUUCCCCACAGACUACCCCUUCAAGCCGCCGAAGGUCAACUUCACCACCCGCAUCUACCACCCGAACAUCAACAGCAACGGCAGCAUCUGCUUGGACAUCUUGAGGGAUCAGUGGAGCCCGGCUCUCACCAUCUCGAAAGGUUCGUGAAGAGGACAAUACAUAAUUAUAGCGACCUUGGUGGACAAAGACCCGCUAACAUGAAGUCUGCAGUACUGCUCUCGAUCUGCUCCAUGCUCACCGACCCCAACCCUGACGACCCACUCGUCCCCGAGAUCGCACACGUGUACAAGACCGACCGUUCUCGAUACGAGGCUACGGCACGCGAGUGGACUAGGAAGUAUGCCAUCUAA